GUAUUAUUAGCAAAAACUCAGCAGUGUCAAUAAAUACUAGGAAAAAAGAUUAACGAGUCCAGUGACAUCAAUAUUUCCCCUUAUUAUGUAGUUUUAAACUAAGUUGUUACAAAAGGCCAUUUUAAAAUAACAAUAUUAAUUAUAUGGCAAGCUUCGUAGGUCGUUUUGGGCAUCUUGUCCACAAAAAGAGAGCUCUUAUGUUUCUAUACUUGUCUAUCGAAAGCGGCAAGGGAUCUAAAAUAAAAAUAGAACAAUAGCUUAACAAAUGGGGUGUAUGUACCAUAAUUAUAUUUUUACCUGGAUACAAAAAUGUUGACAUCUCAAAAUAAUAAUAUACAUGAUAUAGGAUAAGUCAUUUACAUGUAAAGAUGUACAAUAAUAUACAUUUACAAAACAGUUAUAAAAUCUAACUAAAAUACACAAAAUCAAAAUUAGGACUGAUAUGCUUGAAAACACCCAUAUGACGUAGGCUGUACCUUGUACUACAAAAACCACAGGAGAAAUUCAUGAAUACUGUAGGGGCAUUUUUGGGAUAAAUGGCUUUUUAAUUUGCAUUUAAAUAAGCUCAGACUAUUAAUUUGUUUUAGAGAGGUACUGAAAUGGGAGACACCGACUUUCUACAAAAAUUUCACAAUUUAGAAGGGAGCACAAUCAAAGACAGGAAAAAGAAUUUUUAUAAACUUCUUAAAACACCUUCUUUAUUUCAAACUGAAGAACAACUAAGUGAAACUUUGAAAAACCUCAAUCCUAAAAAUUACCAAGAAAGUAUUUUUUAUAUUGACACCUUACUGUAUUUUAAGAAAACUGAUUUUCUGUUAGAACUACUGAAAAGUGGAAAUGAACUGUACACGAGUAAGAUACUAAAAAAUUUAUGGUUUUUUGGAGCAGCUUUCAAUGAUAUUGAUCCAGAAAAAUUAGUUAUUGAAUAUCUGCCUUGUUUGUCAUACUCGAUAAGGAAAAAAAUUUUAUCGAGACUUUUAGGCAGUUGGACAACAGAAAAGAUUGAUUUAUUAUUUGAUGCUUUAGACAAAAAAUAUGGCCUUACAGUAGCCAUACCAGUAUUACACAAGUGCAGCCAAACAAAAAUAAAAAGUGUUCUUGAUGACAAUGAAAUUAAAUUACGCCCAAAUCAAGUAUUAGAACUAAUAAACAUAAAUGAAGAAUGUUUUAAGAUAUAUCUAGAUCACAUAAACAAAAUUACGUGCAAUAAAUAUGACGAAACUAAAGUUUUAUGUCACUUAGCGAGGAAAAAUCCUCAACUAUACUUAGAACUUGAAAAAGAUAAAAAAAUUAUAAGUAGUAGGCUUGGCAGAAAAACCACUAAAAAACUAAUACCCUUAAUAAAAGAAGACUUGCUUACAAAUUGUGAACAAUACUUUAGAUUUCUAAAUCAAGCUGCUGCAAUCCGAAAGUUGGGCCAGAGAAGCCAUAACUUUGAGAUAAUUUACAAAAACGUAUUUCCAAAUAAAUUUACCGGUAUUAAUGCAUACUCUACCUGCAACAGAUGGCUGGCAUAUUAUCCUAAAGGUAGAAGAUGGAAUUUAUUUAUAAAGACAUGCAAUGAAAAAUUUUCCGACAAAAAUUUAAAUCAAAUUCUCUUACUGUGGAGUUAUCAAAUAAAAGAUCUUCAUCCUCCAAAAGAGGUUUAUUUAAAGUGGGCUGAAGUUCAUUACCAACAACAAGAGGGCAAUUUCGAAGAGUUUUUACAAUAUUAUGAACCAUCUGUAGCUAUUCCUUUAAUUAAAGAAAAAAUCAAUGUUACUAAAGAUAUUUACAAAAGAGGAAAUUUGAUUCAACUCAUGAUACAAUCGUGUUCUAAGCACAAAGAUUUUAAUGCACUCGAACAAGUACUGCAGUAUAUUUGUUUUAGGCACAGAAAUGAAUAUCCUGAUUUCAGGAACAGCCUUUUAAGAGAAAUAUCCAAUAAUUUCAAACUUGAAGAAUUAAACGAAAAUCACUGGAAGUAUAUAAAUGAACAGAUCAAAAUUCUUCGAAUUCAAAAAGAAUUUCACUUCUUUGUGAAUGCUCAUUUUCUGCAAAGAUAUUUAGAAUUUUUAUUUAAAAACAAAAAAGAUUAUAAGGAAGCUCUUGCUGAAUAUAUUAAUGAGUCUGUAAAAGAGAGGAUUGUAAGGAUGUUAGAUUUGAAUAACAAACCUGUAGAGAAAGAAAUUUAUAUUGCAAUUGGUAAAAGUUUUUCAGAUGCUUUAAAUAAGGAAUCGGAACAGUUUGUAACUUACCAAACAAGAAUGCUAACAACCAUCUUAACAUUUAGUAUACUUAAUCCCGAAUAUUGUAUUAAUUUAGCAGAGAUUCCUGAUUUCGUUCUUCUCAUAGAAGACACUUUCAGAAAACAGAGUAACGAAUUCCUUGCUAAUCAAAAAUCGAUUUUUUCAAAGCUCCUUGCCUAUAACCUAACGUUCCCUAAAUACACGGUGCAUUUUGAUGAUUCUAAAAUAUUAAAUAUUAUUUCUAUCAUAACUAACCACGAUAAAUCUUUUGUUUGCUUUAGCGACGUCUACAAAAAGUACGUUUUAAAGAAAGAUCGUUCAAAACUUGAAAAUUCCAUGUUAUUAUUAUACUUUAAUGAAUUAUUUGAAUCCUAUCCUGACGUUAAUAUUGUUAACUGGUUUAUAAAAAAUGAACCUUCAACUAUAGUACCUUAUUUUGACAAAAUAGUUAAAAAUACAGUAAACUCAUACCAUGCUUUAGAUGUUACAACAAUAAGACAUUGCUCUUAUUUAAAGUUUGAUCAGAAAAUUUGCAAAUACUACAAGAAUAAAUUAGAUGAUGAAGGAGUUCAGGAUAAGAAAAAAUUAGUGACUGCUUUAACAGUAUUACUUUCAACUGAUGAUUUAAAAAAACUAAUUGAAGAGAAGUAUUUACCACAAAAAGAUAAGCUAGAUUUGGAAGACAAAGUUAUGGUUGAUAUGUAUCAUUUGCAAUGCAAAAUAAUAGAGCUAUCAGCUCAAGUCGUUGAACCAUACAAAAUGUUGCCGACAAUAAUGAAGUUCUGCAGAGGUGACUAUUUACAAUCCGCUCUUAGAGCGUUAUAUAAAACUUUUUACAGAUCUCCAGAAAAGAUCUUAUAUUCAUAUGUAAUAACAUUAGCAAAAAUGGCAGUCUCUGUAAGAAAGCAUGCGAUUUUCUUAAGCUGCGAGGUUUUAGACAAAGAACACACUUUGAAUUUGUUAAAAAAUACAACCGAAGGUAAUGUAUCCAGCCAAAAACAUUUAUUCUCAGCGACUUUAAAAUAUUUCUUAAAAAAUCCUUCGCGAGAUUUGUUGCAGAAAUUAAUAGAAAGUAUGACUAGUAUAGAUAGAAAUGAUCUAGAAACGUUAAAUAAUUUGGCAAAUGUUACAAUUCCAUCGAGAUAUCGCUCCCAAUACUUAGAGAAUUGUUGGAAUUACUUUGAAAGUUUAUCAUCAAGCGGAUUUAAAAUAAGCAAUUAUUUAGAACAGUUGUUAAACAAAAUGAGGAAAGAUAUUGCAAUAUCGUUAUCUGCAGUUUUUGUCACGCACAUAAUAAACAAGUACUGCUUUAAAAAUAGUCCAGAUAGUUUGAAGGGUACAAAUGAAUUUGUGAUAGAAAUUCUUAAAACACGAGUAUCAGAGAGAACGCAGUUUUUCACUUUAACAUUUGAUUUACUAUCGAAAUCAAAUAUUAUACAAACCAGUGAUUUCUUUGACUGUUUUUUCCGCAUUAUUGACAAAAGUAGUUUCGAUCAGAGUCUGGUGAAUGAAUUUUUCCAAUACUGGACCAAAUAUUUUACUGUGGUGAAUUUCCUAAACGAACACAUCGAGUUGAAUUUAAGAAUUAUGCAGCAGUCUAAAUCUUCCAUAGACAAUUACGGGAGGGAUAUUAUUAAUUACUUGGAUAAGUUAAUAUCGGAAUUCGGUUUUCAUGUCUAUAACAAUUUUAAAGAUGUAUUUGAUAAAAUUGUUAACCUAAUGAAUGGUUUAGAAUAUUAUUCCUUACUUUUGGCACUCUUGAAACAUAAAUUGGAUUCAACAACUUGUAUUUUAGUUUUAGAAGUGCUCGAAUUAAGGGCAUCCAAUGAAGCUGAAUUAAAAAUAUAUAAUGAUAUAAGAGAUAUAAUUAAAAAUGUUGAUAUUCCGAUAGUUUGUGCUUAUAGAAACAAUUUUUUAAGAGACCGUAAGUUCUAAAAUAUAUUGCUCUUUCUCAAAUAAUUGUUGAAAUAGUGCCUAUCAGUUAAGUAAUCGGUCAAGCCAUCAACUGUCCUUUAAAUUCCGAGAAUUAUUAUUAUUUUUUUUUUUCAUUAUUGAUGAUAAAUUAUAUAUUUAAUAUGUGUAUACUUCCAAAUUUUUAAACUUUUCAAAAAUAAAGAGUUAAAUAUUGUAUUUAGG